GUAGAUUUACAUCCAGCGAUGACUUUCUGAGAGUUUCAUUYCAACUCGUCCACGAGAUAUUUUGCUAACAGACAAUCGAAGUCACCAAAUCCACAAUAUGACAGACAAAUGACAGAGCUAUCAAGAUCACCUCCCACUAAACGUCACAUCUGUGCUGCUCAGCCACGGGGAAAAAAAAACCUGCCAGUGUUUCAGUCUGAUAAAACUUCUGCAGGGGGUGAGCAAGUUCAAAAUCACGACGACACCUUCUGGCAGCAGCAGAUCCAACGCUCCCUGAGAGAGGGAGACAGUUUAGCCUUGUACCUUUGGCCUGCUUUGAUAAAGUCUCUCUUUUCUUUUUUUUCCUCCUGAGUAGUGUUUUAUCAUCUACUUGAGGAAGACGCAGCAGAGUUUGUGUGUGUUGUUGUUUUUUUAUUUAUAUAUUUAAAUAGUGGUUUUAAACUGAGCCCUGGCCCGGUGUGACACAUCAUGGCUCUCCGGGUGYUCUGGCUCCUGCUCGUGCUGUCCGCUAUCCCGACCGCGCGCCUCUCGGGGGCUUAUACCUGUCCGCCCAUCUGCCGCUGCACCGCCGACUCGUUCCAGUGCAACAGAGACACACAGCUGGCCAAGACUGGAGCAACAUCUGGGCAUCGACUAAGACUCACCCACCUGCCCUUGAAACGAGUUCCCAGCCAUGCCUUCAAGGAGCUGCUCAACAUUACCAUCAUAGAGAUCUCCCAGAGUGAUUGCAUCACACACAUCCAGAGACACGCCUUCCUCUCCCUCCACAGUCUGGCACAGAUUUUUGUGCAGAAUAUCAACAGUUUGAGAGUUAUUGAGAAGGGUGCCUUCACCGACCUGCCCAGGCUUGAAUACAUGAGCAUCUCAAACACAGGCAUCGUUCACUUCCCAGAUUUCAGCAGCAUCUGCAGCUUGGCACCAAACAUUAUUCUAGAAAUGGCAGACAACAUGAUGAUCGACGUUAUUCCUGCCAAUUCCUUCCGGGGAAUCACUAAGGAGUACGUCUACAUGAACCUGGUUCGGAGCGGCUUCAAGGAAAUCAAGUCUCAUGCAUUCAACGGGACCAAGCUGAACACGCUAAUUCUGCGAGACAACAGGUAUCUCAGUCACAUCCAUCAAGACGCUUUUGAAGGAGCCACAGGUCCGAAUCAUCUGGACGUGUCUUCCACAACGCUGAUUUCCCUCCCACCUAAAGGGCUGAACCAGGUGCGGUCUCUGAAAGCCAGCUCUGCGUUCUCUCUGAAAAGCCUCCCUCCGUUAGAAAGCCUCGCCGAGCUGCUGGAGGCCGAGCUGACGUACCCCAGCCACUGCUGCGCCUUUCACACGUGGCGCCGGAAACAACGGGAAAGUGCCAAAAACUUGACCAAGUUUUGUGAUCUCAGUGGAACAGGAAUAGAGCCCACUGAUGACGGCAUGAGUCUUAUCAACGACGUCAACUUUCAGUAUCCAGACUUCGACUGCCUCAACAGCCCCUUCGUCACGUGCACCCCGAAGCCAGACGCCUUCAACCCCUGCGAGGACCUGCUGGGCUUUGCCUUCCUGCGCUGCCUCUCCUGGAUCAUCACGGUUUUCGCCGUUUUCGGAAACCUGGCCGUCCUCGUGGUGCUGCUGGUCAGCCACCGCAAGCUGAGCAUCUCGCGGUUCCUCAUGUGCAACCUGGCCUUUGCCGACCUGUGCAUGGGGCUCUACCUGAUGCUGAUCGCCGCCGUGGACCACCACUCCCGCCACGAGUACUACAACCACGCCACCUACUGGCAGACGGGGCCCGGGUGCGGCGCGGCGGGGUUCCUCACCGUGUUCGCCAGCGAGCUGUCUGUGUACACGCUGACCAUCGUCAGCCUCGAGCGCUGGCACACCAUCACCAACGCCAUGCACGUCCAAAAGAGGCUGCGCAUGCGUCACGUGGCAGCCAUGAUGGCGUCAGGCUGGGCCUUCUCUCUGCUGGUCGCCUUGCUCCCUCUAGUGGGCGUCAGCAGCUACAGCAAGGUGAGCAUCUGCCUGCCCAUGGACAUCGACACACUGGGCUCCCAGGUUUAUGUGGUGGCCGUGCCCAUCACCAACGUGGUGGCUUUCCUGGUGGUGUGCUACUGCUACAUAUGCAUAUACCUCAGCGUCCGCAACCCGGAGCARGCCACCCGCCACGGCGACACGAAGAUCGCCAAGCGCAUGGCCGUGCUCAUCUUCACAGACUUCCUGUGCAUGGCGCCGAUCUCCUUCUUCGCCAUCUCCGCCUCGCUGCGCAUGCCCCUCAUCACCGUGUCCCACUCGAAGAUCCUGCUCAUCCUUUUCUACCCCAUCAACUCCCUCUGCAARCCUUUCCUGUACACCAUCUUCACCAGGGCCUUCAGGAAGGACGUGUGCCGCCUGCUGGGCCGCUGCCGCUACGCCGGCUCCGACUUCUACCAAUCGCAGACGCUGGCGUCGCAGCAGACCUGCUCCAACAAGGCGGACGACAGGAAAAACCCCUCGCUCAGCUUUUACGCCCACCACCUCAAGGUGAAGGGCUGCUUUCUGAGUAAGGGAGCGACAUGACUGUCGGUGUAAGUUAAAAAACAAUAUUUACUCACUGUAACUGAAGCACUCGAGGUUUUCGAUGUUUUGUGUUGUACAUAAAAGAUCAACCAGUUCAGUUUGCAAACUGAGAACGCCAUCAUGUGAAGCCUGGAGCCACAUUUCUGUUUGUCCUCAGGCAGAAAAAAGGAGCAGAUGUCCGGAGAAGGGAUAAAAGAAUAGAGUAUUUUUAGAAAGGUACUCACUGCAAAGCAUGAAAUCAAAUGUAAAAAAAUAAGAAAAUCUUAUGAACUUUUUGGUUUUCCUGGCACAAAUGGAACCCCAUAGAUAUCCACGUUGUGAAAUGUGGGUAUGCAGUUAAUGAAAACAAAACCAUUAUAAUAGUUUAUUCUUGGUUAAAGUAUCAAAACUGCAUUUUAAAUGUUGCCAUUGCUGACUUAUUUUCAGUCUUUGUUUUCAUAGUUMAAUCUGGUUAAAUUUAUUUAAUAAACUUGCAAAACUUGUGCUUUUGUUUCUUAAAUUUUGUAGACUGGCCUUCACUCCAGUGAGUUACCUUUUUAAAAAAUCAGAUCACUGUAUGAUCAAC